ACAAAUCCCAACGCCACAAUGACGCCCUUCUCCACCAAACAAACAACAACCAUUUCUCUCUCCCCCUCCUCUCUCCCUCUCUCCCUCUCUUCCAAUUUUACAAACCCUGACAUUCAUUCCACAUGGCGGAGGAGUUUGUAAAAGCGGUGGAAGAUGGAGUCAGGCUCUCCAAGCGCGUUUAUUUCGGCAAAGACCGGUCUGUGGCGCCGCCCAAGCCUAUGGCAGCCAUGGACAAAUCGGCUUCGCAUUCGUUGCUGCCGUCGGCUCCUAUGGUUUACGCCGUCAUUCCUGAUCCUGGCGUUGUUGAUAAUCCCGAUAUUCCGAGUUAUCAGCCGCACGUGCAUGGCAGGUGCGAUCCUCCCGCGCUCAUUCCGCUGCAGAUGAACGCAAUUGCUAUCGAAGCACAAUGUCUUCUCGAUACGGCCUUUGUUACCGUCUCGGGGUCCUGGAGAGUUCAUUGUGUUAUGGGGACGCGGACUUGUCAUUGUCGUGUGGCUAUUCCCAUGGGUCAGCAGGGUUCAAUUCUAGGUGUUGAAGUUGAGGCGCCAAGAAAAUCGUAUUCUACUAAGCUGCUUACUUUGAAUGACAAGGACGUCGAGGAAGUGCCCAAGAUUGAAGAUGGAGGCUUUCUCAAGCCCCAUAUUUUUACUUUUACAAUACCAGAGAUAGACGGGGGUUCCAAUAUAUCUAUAAAAGUCAGAUGGUCUCAGAAACUGUUGUAUCAAGAUGGCCAAUAUACGUUAACUAUACCAUAUAGUUUUCCAGAGUUUGUCACGCCUGCUGGGAAAAAAAUGCCCAAAAAAGAGAAAAUACAACUCACUGUGAACGCUGGUCCUGGUACUCAAGUUUCGUGCAAGACAAUUAGCCAUCCAUUGAAGGAACUGAAACGGCAAGGGGGACAACAGGGCUUUUUAUACGAUGCAGAUGUCCUCUCAUGGUCAACGUGUGAUUUCGUCAUCACUUAUGGUGUAUCAGUUAGUCCUUCUGGUGGUGUAAUCUUGCAAUCACCAUCAAUGAAUGACACAGACCAGAGGGAGAUGUUUUGCCUCUCUCUUUUCCCAGGAAACGAACAGAAUAGAAAGGUUUUUAGAAAGGAAGUGCUAUUUCUGGUUGACAUAAGCGAAAGCAUGCGAGGGAAGCCUCUUGAGGAUACAAAAAAUGCUCUUGUUGCAGCACUCUUAAAGCUUGAUAAAGGAGACUCGUUUAAUGUCAUAGCGUUUAAUGAUGAGAUUCACCUGUUCUCAUCAUCUCUAGAAUUGGCCACUGAGAAAAAUCUUGAGAAAGUAACUGCAUGGCUUAGUGAGAAUUUAGUUGCUCAGGGUGGUACAAAUAUGUUGCUUCCCAUGAAUCAGGCUUUAAAGAUGAUCUCAGAUACCCACAAUUGCACUCCCUUCAUCUUCCUCAUUACUGAUGGAACUGUCGAAGAUGAGAGGCACAUCUGUGAUGUUAUAAUGAAUCAUUUAACAGAUGAGAAAUUAACAAGCCCUCGUCUUCACACUUUUGGAAUAGGCUCCUUCUGUAACCACUAUUUUCUGCGAAUGCUUGCAACAAUGGGCAGGGGAAAUUAUGACGCUGCUUAUGAUGAAGAUUCGAUUGAAGUUCGUAUGAAAGGUUUUUUUAACAGGGCUUUCUCCACCAUUAUUGAAAAUAUCACCAUCGAUGGUUUAGAAAAUCUUGAUGAUCUUGAGAUGUAUCCUUCAUGUAUACCUGACCUUCUAUCAGAACGUCCAUUGAUAAUUACCGGAAGAUACAGUGGAGAUUUCCCGGGUACAGUUCAAGUUAAAGGCCUCCUUGCAGAUAUGAGCAAAUUCUCAGUAGACUUACAAGUUCAAGAAGUGAAGGAGAUUCCUCUUGACAAGAUACUUGCGAUACAACAAAUUGAAUUGUGCACAGCUCAAGCAUGGUUUUCAGAAGAUAAAGCCCUAGAGGAAGAGAUAGCCAAGGUUAGCAUGCAGAGCUCGGUGAUUUCUGAGUACACCUGUAUGAUCUUACUUGAGAAAGACAAGGGUACGAAACGCAAGGCAGACUCGGUAGAGAAAGGCAAGGGAAGAAAAGGCACAUCACACUCAUCUGAAAAGAAAGAGCAAAAGCAGGUUCCAACUGAGCCUGAUUGUCAAAAGAUAGCAGUACUUCAUAACUUUAAACCUGGUUUCGGAAACUUGCCAGCAACAAUAGAACACAUCCCUCCAGGAUCUUAUGUAGCCAAAUUCCAAGAACCUGGAGAAAAGUUUGCAAAGGCUGCCUCAAACUGUUGCGGCAAGUGCUGUGGCCAGUGCUGCUGCUUGUGUUGCAUUCAGAUGUGUUCUCGGGUAAAUGACCAAUGCGCAAUUGUGUUCACACAGCUUUGCGGUGCACUGUCUUGUCUAGGCUGUUCUUACUGCUGUGACGCAUGCUGUGGCUCAGAAGGUUAGAUUUACAGGACAACAUUAUGGGUCGCUAAUUAUAUGUUGUGUACUUAGUGUGUUGAUGUUGUACAUGUAAUGUAAUCAUUUAAAAAAAAAAAAUAGCAACUGGGUUUGAUAUUAAUGCGAUAUAUUCCAUUACUUAGAGGCU